GUAGCAUGGGAGAGCAUCAGGAGGGAAGGUCUCAAUGGACCCAUGAGGCAUGGUUGGGCUGGGUCAGCUCGGCCCUGGCCAGACACGUUAACGACACAGUGUGUACGGGUUUUUCCUCAGUCUGGUAGGCAAGCAGGUAUUCCCAGACGGACCACACCCUCGGACACAAUCAAAACACGACGGGUGAUGCGGCAUGUGCCACCCAGCCGCCGAACCACGGAGCCGACGAGAAGGCCAGAAGAGACUGGAGGGGCUAGCAACGGUGAUCACGCCCUCUCACUCGUUUCUCACGGUGGCCUGGCUGUGGUUGGUCCAAAAGCGGGUGGGUGGUCCGGUAACAACCCUAGCGGUUGCAUGUCCCAGGCGCCCAUAGGCGGCAUGAUGAGCCAGUGA